ACUCGCACGCGUGACCAGCCCUAGCCCUCGCACACUUACCAAUCCUUAUCUCCUCUGAUCACUCUCCUCCUCUCGCCGGAAUAUUUGCCGGAAAACGGCCAGAUUCGUCUUCGGCCGGUUCUUCAUCUACAACUCCAUUCCGUCCACAGAUCUUAUACUCAUCAGCUCUCUCCUCCGGUUGCCGCCGACUCGACCAUUCCUCGUUUAAUGGCUUUUUGCCCGUCGAGGGACUUGUACCAUGUUGGAGCUUAUUAUUAUUAUUAUUAUUAUAAUUAUAUGAUGGUUGUUUGAGAAAGAGCUCUUUAAGUUGCAGAAAUAAUGGUCACCUCCUUCUUCAUGAUACCGAAUUCCUAGGAGACAUCAAUUGUAUAUCAUUUCUUGAAGUUGGUGAGGUGGAAAAAAUGAUGGCGGCAGAGAUGCAGAAAUUUGGAUUAAGUGAAGAGGAUGAUGAUGAAAUGGGAAUGGAUGUCAAAGAAGAAGAUGAUGAAGACGAUGACAAAAACAAUACCAUUCCUCCCAUGAUAAAUGUCGACGGUGGUAUCCCGUCAACCAGCAACAACAACAAUCGGUUUCAGCAGCACCAGCAAUAUCAGGAGUUCACACCUCAAGGAGGUGGCCGGAGGUGCAGACGGUUGGAGGAGAAGGAGAGGACAAAGAUAAGGGAGAGGCAACGGAGGGCAGUCACUGCAAAAAUCUUGGCAGGGCUACGGAGACAUGGGAACUACAACCUUAGAGUUAGGGCAGACAUUAAUGAUGUCAUUGCUGCUUUGGCCAGGGAAGCUGGUUGGGUGGUUCUUCCUGAUGGCACCACCUUUCCUUCCAGAUCUCAGAGCACAAGACCUGCUGCUGGUGGAGCACCCACUGAUUCCACAACUACCUCACAGAUGCAAAUGCAACAGACUCCACCCAUUUCCUCAAGAGGAACCUCAUCUGGCCACCAGAGUUCUCUGGCACAUGACACAUGCCAAGCAAGAAGUCCUUUCAUACCCAGUUCAUCACCUUAUGAACUAUGUUCAAGUGCUUUGUCCCAGAAUUCUGUUAUGGUAGGAGAUGGAGAGAGAUAUGAAAACCAUGCUCUUACUGGAGGCUCCAUGGAUACUGUUGAUGACAAACAGGCUAUUGAUAUACCUUCAAAGUUACAAGAGCGUGAUUUUGCCGGAACUUCCUAUGUCCCUGUUUAUGUGAUGUUACCUUUGGGCAUCAUCAAUAUGAAAUGUGAGCUUGUUGAUACAGAUGCUCUUGUAAAGCAGCUAAGAUUGCUAAAAUCUAUUAACAUCGAUGGCGUUAUGGUUAAUUGUUGGUGGGGCAUAGUGGAAGCAAUUAAUCCCCUAGAGUAUAAGUGGAAUGGGUAUAAAAGAUUAUUUCAAAUCAUACGUGAGCUUAAGAUGAAAUUGCAGGUUGUAAUGUCAUUUCAUGAAUGUGGAGGCAACGUCGGUGAUGAUGUUUGUAUUCCACUUCCCCAUUGGGUGGCUGAGAUCGGUAGAUGCAAUCCUGACAUAUUUUUCACAGAUCGAGAAGGAAGACGCAACCAUGAGUGUCUUUCAUGGGGAGUUGACAAGGAACGUGUUUUAAGAGGCAGAACUGCUAUCGAGGUUUAUUUUGACUACAUGAGAAGCUUCCGGGUGGAAUUUGAUGAAUUCUUUGAGGAAGAUGUCAUUUCCAUGAUAGAGAUAGGGAUGGGUCCUUGUGGAGAAUUACGAUACCCAUCUAAUCCUGUCAAGCAUGGUUGGGGAUAUCCUGGCAUUGGUGAAUUUCAGUGCUAUGAUCAGUACUUGUUAAAAAGCCUGAGGAAGGCAGCAGAAGCAAGAGGGCACUCUUUUUGGGCACGAGGACCAGAUAAUGCAGGUUCCUAUAUUUCGCGGCCACAUGAGACUGGUUUUUUCUGUGAUGGUGGUGAUUAUGAUGGUUAUUACGGCAGAUUCUUCCUCAAUUGGUACUCUCAGGUUCUAGUAGACCAUUGUGACCGCGUACUUUCUCUAGCAAAGUUGGCUUUCGAAGACACACGCAUUGCUUCAAAACUAUCAGGUAUUCACUGGUGGUAUAAGACAGCGAGCCAUGCUGCUGAAUUAACUGCUGGAUUUUAUAACCCAUCAAAUCGUGAUGGUUAUCCCGCAAUUAUGUCAAUGUUUAAGAAGCACGAGGUUUCCGUAAACUUUAGGUGUGCAGAACUGGGCAUGCUAGAGCAGCAUAUUGACUACUCUGACGGAUUUGCGGAUCCUGAUGGGCUAUCUUGGCAAGUAUUGAAUGCAGCAUGGGAUGAUUGUAUACCAGUUGCUAGUGAAAACAUUCUUCCCUGUCAUGAUAGAGAAAGCUACAACAACAUACUUGAAAGAGCUAAACCAUUCAAUGAUCCAGAUGGGAGACAUUUAUUUGCUUUUACUUAUCUUAGACUGAGCCCCCUUCUCAUGGAACGGCACAAUUUCGUAGAGUUUGAAAGAUUUGUCAAGAGAAUGCAUGGGGAAGCAGUUCUUGAUCUUCAGUGACUAUGCAAAUGAAGGAACUUGUGAAAAUGAUUGUCAGGCUCUUCUACUACUACCCCUUUAACCAAUCAAGAUGUCUCUGAUCUGCAGCAUAUAUACCAACUGUUCAUCCUGGGUUGUUGUCAUGGUUUGUAUGUAGGGAAGAAUUUAUUGGAGAUCCUCGUAUGUAUGGAUGAAGCUGGAAAAGAAUUCUCAGUAGUAAUCCAAGAAAUCACAUUUUUCAAUGGCGAUGAAAGUUUGUCGAGUAACUUAUGGUUUUGGUUAAAUUGGGAAAAACAGAUGGAACUACUGUUGCCAUAUAUAUAACAGAAGAACUUGACCCCAUUUAGUUAAAAGCAUUUCAUUUCUUUGUCCUGAUUAAUUUUGUAUGAAGCAUUGCAAUGGGGGUGAGGAAAGAGUAAGUUGAAUUAGGAACUCAAAACCUUCACUAUGUAUUGAAGUAGAAUGCUAGCCAUCUUUCUUUUCCUUUCUCUUUUGUCUAUCUUUUAAGUAAAUAUAUGUAUAUCUCUAACUCUUGAUCUUUUAGUUAGUACAAUUUAUAUGCUUCAAUACUC